AUGGCGAUACGCGUGACAAAGAAAUGUUUUCUACUGUCCACGCUCGGUGUGCUGAUCCUGGCCGCGGCACUGACCGUGACCCUGGUGCUGGUGCUGCGGGACGAUGAAGAGAUCAGCGAAACGUAUCGCUUCGCAGCCAGCGCGAUCGAACUGCGGCUCGAAGAGCAACCGGACCACCGGUACGUUCUGAACAUCUAUCGAGGUGAUGAUCGUGUGCAAAGAAUCACCUUCGAUCACGAUUUCACGGACGAUUCCGAUAUCGAAACGUUCCCGAAAGGCAUGCGCCUGUUUGGCAAUGGGCACAACAUCGAAAUUCGCGAGCUGGAGGAUAGUGCCGGCUUUGCCUACCUGAGCAUCACGCGCACCUUACGCAAGGGCCAAAUCGGUAGCGACGUGCUGCACCUGCACGACACGUUCGGUCCGGAUCAGUCGCCGCUGCACUGGUACGGUGGACCGGAGCUAAUGGAACAGUAUUAUCCGAUCGAGAAGCUACGCUUCGACGACUACGCUUACAUCACCAAAGAGCUGCACAGUGCGGCCAUCAUCGAACGCUACUGGCUCAAUACGGCCGGUGUGUUUUUCUACGUCGACAAGGAGGUGCCCCUGUUUCUCGAUCAGGACGAUCGGGUGCUAAGGUUUAGCGCGAAGAAGGAACUGCCGUACUACACGUACGACGACGAGUUCGUGUUCAGCUAUCGCGUUGGUGUGGCGGCGGAUGCACGGGAAGCCCACCAGAAGGCGGUCGAGCGGGUGCUAAACCAACCGGUUGACAUCCCCGACGAGCGCAUGGUCCGGCAACCGAUCUGGUCGACCUGGGUGCGUUACCGGCGCCCCAUCAGCCAGCAAACGGUGCUGGAGUUUGCGCGCGAAAUCAACGCGUACGAGUUCAAGAACGCCCAGCUGGACAUCGACGAUCUGUGGGAGGUUUGCUACGGGUCGCUCACCUUUAACACGAUCACCUUCCCGAACGUGACGGAAAUGACGGAGAUGCUGCACGAGAUGGGUUUCCGCGUAACGCUCUGGGUGCAUCCAUUCAUCAACAAGAACUGUGAUCCCUGGUACACGGAGGCACUUAGCAAGGGCUAUCUCGUGAAAUCGCACAACGAAACCAUCGGUUACAACACCAAAUGGUGGAACAGUGCCGAAAACGAGGCGUCCUACAUCAACUUCAACAAUCCGGACGCGGUCGAAUGGUACCGGCGACGAUUGCGCGAACUGCAGGAGCUCGGCAUCGACAACUUUAAGUUUGACGCUGGUGAAACGAGUUGGGCACCAGCUGAUCCGGACAUUGGCGGACCCACGGCAUUGCUGCCCUCGAGCCAGACGGUUAACUUCGUGCGUAUGUGUGCUGCGUUCGGUGGCAUGAUCGAGAUCCGUACCGGCUGGGGAACGCAGGAUCUGCCCGUAUUCGUCCGAAUGCUCGAUUUUGACACGCGCUGGGGCUGGAACAAUGGACUACUGUCGCUCAUACCGACACUGCUGCAGAUGAACCUGAACGGGUAUCCGUUCGUACUGCCGGACAUGAUCGGUGGCAACGUGUACGGGGACGAUAUACUCACGAAGGAGUUGUUCAUACGCUGGCUUGAGGCGAGUGUCUUCAUGCCGAGCAUACAGUUCUCCAAGACGCCUUGGGAUAUUGACGAGGAGAGCAUAACGAUCUCGAAGAAAUUCGCUCAACUGCACGAAACCUACUCGGACUACAUCAUCCAACGGAUGCGCCUGGCAGUAUCACACGGUACACCAGUAAAUCCCCCGAUCUGGUGGCUUGAUCCCACCGACAAGAUCGCUCAAACUAUUUACGACCAAUAUCUGCUCGGUGAGGACAUUGUGGUGGCGCCGGUUCUGGCGGAGUUUGCCACCGCCCGCGACAUCUACCUGCCCAAGGGAACGUGGCGCGAUGGAAACACCAACCGAGUGCACGAGGGUGGCCGGUGGAUUUACAACUACACGGCACCGAUGGACAUGCUGCCAUACUUUGUCUCUGCCACGUUCCAAGCAAACUGA